AUGAAGGCAGGAAUUGAGUCCGCAUGUGAAUAUGAAUGCGAAGAAGAUGAAGGGCCAACUUGCCAGCAUUGCAAGAACACCCUGAAGAUGUCAUGCGUUUCCACGAAUGGCCUUGAGUUCCUUGCUGAUACCGGGAGUGAAGAAGAUUUAAUCAGUAGGCAUGAUCAUGCAACGUACUUCUCCGGCGUUCCAAUUGUUGAUGCGUCAAAGCAAGUACAUCUCAUCACGGCAAACGGGCCAGUUCAGAGAAACAAAUCUGUUAGCAUUCCGCUUCCCGAGUUUGGACAGGAUCUUGAGUUUUACCUUCUGGAAAAUACGCCUCCGGUUUGCUCCGUGGGUAGAAGGUGCAUGGAUGAGGGUUUCGACUUUCAUUGGCCAAGGGGACAAGCCCCGUAUUUCAUCACGCCCAAUGGGCGAAAGCUCCGUUGCAGGAUGCGGGGUAGAGUGCCAGUCAUUGGCGACUUAGAUUCGUGGGCAUCUGCCGCGAGCGAGUCCGAACCAAAGAAGGAUGAGCCGGAGGACAGGGCGGCAACGCAGUGGAUGAGGAAGAACCACGAGAAGCGCAUCCAGAUGCUGAAAUCAGAACUGCAAUUGGAUGGCGAAUGGAGCAGAAUUGAGGAUAAAGUUAACAUCGAAGAGCUCGAUGUCAGGGCAGCAAAGCUUGAGGUUUACACCGUGAUGUCAAUCACGAUCUUCGAGCGCAGCCCUGGAAGCGAAGAAGAGGUUCCGGACAGCGACCGGGAAGCCGAUCCUCAAACCCCUGAAGAAAGACUCAGAGCCGAAGCCGAAAGCGUUCAACAUCUUAUGACCCACCGACCUAAGAAUCCUUAUUGCCCAGUUUGCCAAAGGGCCAAGAUGAUGGCACCGCGUGCGCGGAAGCUUGGGGGAUCAUCAACCAUCAAGUCCGAGAAGUAUGGUGAUCACCUCACAAUUGACCAUAUCAUCGCCAGGGAUCUUAGGGACUAUGGUUUUGACGACCAGAACGUGGGGUUCGUAGUUAAGGAUGUUUGCACCAAAUUCAGGUAUGUGUGCCCUGAUGCCACCAAAGAAGGUGAACAGUGCUACGAAAAUCUGUUGCACUUCACUGGGGUUGAUGAUGAGAUAGGUGUCAUCUACUCUGAUAACGCCCCAGAACUCGAAUAUGCCGUGAAAAAGUUAGGCAUCCGCCGCAACACAUCCCGAGAGUACAGUGAUGAAAACAAGGCAGUAAUCGAACGCGAAAUCAGGACUGUGCUCGAAGGCGACUUGACUUUCCCAUGCCAACAGGAGCAACUCGAGUUUGACGACGCAAGGCGCGUCCCAACGCUAGACGAUCAGAAUUGCUUUGCUCAGGACCAGCCAGAAACUGUUGACUUUUACGAAGACCUCAAAGGCACAGAGCUUAGUGAUGAGCUCAUGGCACCCAUCAGGGAAGUCGAGAGUUUGCAAAGCAAGAUGUCUAGUGACGAAUUCCAACGCCUACUUGAUGAAGCAGCUGCUGGUAGAGAACUCAGGGAUGAAGGCGCGGACAUAGGCCAAGAAGAAGACGCAGAGGUUGACCGAACCCCUGAUGCAAAGGCGGCAAUGGACAAAGAGUGGAAGAAAUUAGCUGAUAAGGUUGGUUGGACAGCCGUCCUUCCUGAGAUAUGGCAAUCCAUAUUCUACCACGCUGAGCUAGAUCUGUUGUUGGUGAUUUAUGUGGAUGACUUCAAAAUGGCUGGUCCUUCAGACCACCUAGCAAAAGGUUGGGAGAUGAUAUCCAGUGUUAUCGACAUGGAUCCAGCGGAGGUGGCGGGCCGAUACUUUGGUUGCAAUCACUUUGAGGAACGACAGGUCAAGCUGCCACGUGAGGCACAUCCCUUCGCUUAUGUGUUCGAAUCAACUGCCUGCGCCGGCCUAGGGGCCGAGCCGUCUAGGACCGAGGACUACUGGAGUGUGGACCCCGAAUUAGGCGCAGUUGUCAGGCAUCAUCUUUAUCCCCGAAAGCGUUUGUAUGUUCCCACGGAGGAUGAUAUUGGUGAGUAUCCCACUAUGCGCACUCAAAGGAUUACCCAGAUGGACAACGGCCAAACCAUCACCGAUGACUUCAACGAGGGGGGAGCCGCUAAACAGAAAGAAUGGUGGACGGGUAAGACCUAUUUCCCAAUCGUUGAUUCUCUUACCCCUACCGAAAUGGCCGCUGCUGCCGAGGGCAGAGUUAGAAGCAAGACUGAGGCGAAGCGAGAAGCCAAGCAGCAGAAGUUCAAAGACCCAAGUACCAUACAACCUGAUCCUGUUCCUGCCAUGAACAAGCCUGUAAACGUCAUGACCUAUGACACGAAAGAAUUCCUUUCGUCCUGUGUUGAUAGGUAUUGCGAACUUGCUAAGGUUGAUCGCAAAACGCUCAAGAAGGUCGCCACUCCGUUCCAUGAGAAUAGGAUAGCUAAACCUGUGGAUGACAAUGAGCCUGCUGGCCGUCUUCAGCCAAUUGCUAGUAGGGUUCUCAUGAAGAUCCUUUUGGCGGCACAGAUGGCAAGAUGGGACCUACUUAGAGCCACACAAAGCCUUGCAAGCCGGGUAACGAAGUGGUCGAGGGAUUGUGAUGUCGUUCUCCAUCAACUAGUCUGUUACAUCUUGUCGAGCUUGGAUGUCAGGAUGCAAGGUUUCAUAGGGGAUCGCGUUAACGAGUGUCAACUUUGGUUAUUCUGCGAUGCUGACUGGGCCGGAGAGUUUGACUCUAAGUCAACAUCUGGUUGCGCCCUUUACCUCGUAGGACCCAACACAUAUUACCCUCUCAACGCUUUCUCAAAGAAGCAGACAAGCAUCACCACGUCCAGCACUACGAGUGAGGUUGUAUCUGCCAAUCACGGAAUACGCGCGCAGGGACUUCCCAGUCUCUCACUGUGGUGUUUUCUGUGGAAAGAGAUACAGGUGAUCUCCAGUGCCGGCCGCAAGGCCGAGCCGAAAGCAAGGGACCCACAAGAACCAAUUCCUUUUCUUACCAAGUUUGAUCCAGAGAUUGACGAAAUACGCUAUGGAGGAGCGGAUGUUGGUGGAAGAUCAGUUGCCAACCUCAACAGUCUCAACGUUCACUUGAGUGACAAAUUCAAGGUGCAGUUGAUGGAGGAUAACCAAGCCACCAUCACCAUCAUUUUGAAAGGUGACAGUGAGAAGCUCAGGCACACGGACAAAACCCAAAGGAUUAGUUUCGCCUGGCUUCGGCAACAGUUUGAACGCGGUCUUUUCAACAUGAUCAACGUUGACACUAAGGAGCAGGUUGCUGAUAUUUUCACUAAGCCUUUUGCAGAUAGGACGAAGUGGUUGCAUGCGCUCAGGUUGAUCAACCACAACUUGACCGGAGAUCAGGGGGGUAAACCCGCUAAGGACAGCGAUUCCCACUUGCUCUCAAGGCCAUAA